UACUUUACUUUUUUGCCAAUACAAUGAAGAAAAUGUCCUGCUUCUGCAUGACUUUUUCUUCCUUGUUGGAACAGAUGGUGAAGGCUUGCAAAUACUUGACUGGUAUUUUUUCAGUGACUCAUACCUCAGAGCAACAGGCUUCAGAUCGUGAUAAGCAGCCAACCAAGAUGGAUGUAAGCUUACUUGAGGAGCAGUAUGACCAUAUAAAACAGAAGCAAAAACUGCAAUCACACAUUAUUGUAUUUAAAACAGAUGAACAAGUAGCUGCUCUCCCAGAAUCAAUGGUCAGUGCUGUUUUAAUUAAUAAAAACUUGAGAAGAUCAAAGUCAUUUACAGAACAUGUUCCUGUCAGAAAGGUCAAACUGGAGAUUACUGGCAGUGGCAACGUGCAAGACAACUCACCGUGGCGUACUCACCUGGGAAUUCACCGCCUGGUGCAAGCCUCUUGUCAAGGAGUUACCUGUGAUCCUUCCCACUGCAAGAACAGACCAUGCAGCUUUGACAAUCAGAGACUGAUCUCCAAGGGAAAUGGCACGCUGCCACACCAGAAGUUGGAAGAAGCAAGUGAGCUAUCUGCACUCAGUCAACUCGAAAGCUCAAGCACAUUGAACAGUUUCAGCAAAGAGAUUGGCAGCAACAUGUCAAGCACUUCCCAAAAGCCUCCUUUGAAAUCAGCAGUUUGGACACAUCAACAUAUUUCUUCUACAAAAUACAUGCCAGCCUACAACAAACUCAACUUUUACCCCUUCCCCAAUAAAAAAGGGCCAGAAUUUCUGAAGCAGCAAGGAGGCUUGGAUUAUAUGUCUCACAAUGAAGACAUUUAAUAAUGCAUAAAACUUACUAAAAAAUUUGGCUACAACUUAAAAUAGCAAAAUAGUCAUCCUAGUUACACCAAUCAACCUGCUGAAGGUCUGCUACUCUUAUUAGCCAAGGAAGAUCUAUAAUCUGCUGUGUUACAGUACAGUGUAAAAUGACAUGUCCUCAUGAAGAUGCUGGGCUGUAGUGACAGAUACUUCUGUUAUUCGAGAGAUAAAAGCAAUUUUUAUCUUUUUUUUUUUCAUUUGUUCCUGAUUUAGAAAUGAAGGUUUUAUCACAGCAAUAUUUGAGAUAUCUCAAAGAGCUAUCACAAAGACUAGUGGAACCACUGAUGAAGCAACUAGACUAAAUUUUGGUAUGGUACUGUUUAACUAGACAAUAAACAAGUAACACAUGAAACACUAAUGAAGGUGAUUGGUACACUUAAUAUAUGAUUUCAUUGCUCACUUUCCUCAAAAACAAGAUAUUUAUCAUACUUUUCUGAUGUGUGUGUUUUUCAAAUCAACAAA